GAUUCUGUCAAUUUACUUUUUUUUGCGCGGAACACCAGUCAUUACUCUCGACCCUUUCUUUGACCCCUCUUCCUAGCGAGUAACGUGCGAAUGGGACCUUGAUCUCCGUUAUUCCUUUCAGCAGACCAAUCUACGAAUGUCGCAAUCUCCAACAGAGCCCGCACACACGCCUUCGGAAUCGGAAUCGGAAUCGCAAGACGACCACGUCCUCUCAGAAAUCUCGGGGGUUUGAAAUUCGAAAAUCAACUGGUCAAGACGCGUUCGUCUACCCCUCUUUAGACGUCUUGCGACGCGUUGGCUUUUUACAGCCUUACUACUCGAUUGAACCCUCUCCACCUCACCCACAAUGGCAAGCUUUACAGCCUUGAAUAUUGAGCCCGACGAUCAGAUCGACGAUGAAGUUGAUAAUACUAAAGAAUUACAGAUCGAGGAGGCCCUGAAGCUGUAUCAAGCUGCGCUCAAGCUACAUUCCCAAGGACCUGCAUCCUAUCCCCAAGCUGCCGCAGCGUACACAACCCUUUUCAACUCCGAAAUCUUCAAAUACCCAGAGAGCGAGACGGAAUUUCGGCGAAUCGACAAGCAUCCGGAACUUGAAUAUACCGAUACUUACCCCUUAGGUCUUGACAUUGGAGCUGGCGGUGUCGAUGGUGCCCAAACUCUUCCUCAGAUCUUAUAUCUUGCAUACAAGAACCAUGGCCAGUUCAUAUUGGACUGCGUCAAGAGUCGUCUGCGAUUAGAGCCUCUUCCUAAACCUGCCUUGGACUACCAAGUUCAGGCUGCGAUCGACAAUUUCGCUCUUGCGCUUGCCAGUGAUGAAUCAGAUACGGAAUUAUGGAGACGCGCUGCUCGGAUUGGUGCGACAUUGGGUAGCAGAAGAAUUGCUAGAUACUGCUUGGAAGCGGCUGUGGAAGUUGACGACGAUCCAACAGUUGCCGAACUUGAUCCUGCAGCUUUGGAAGAAGGCUUUGCAGGUGAACAAUUGAAGGAGCAUCUAGACGUCCUUGGAGAUGAAACCGCACUGUCACAUCCAAUUAUGGCCCCAUUCAAGAGAAAGACCAUGCCCGAUUUCCUAUUGAAGCAUAUGGACCCCUACCCAUUCCUUCCAGAUUCAACAAAGCUUCUUGAUAGGGGAGAAGAGGACGGAAAUCAGCCUGAAGCUGCCGAGCAGCGGAAGAUCGUUGCAGUUCCAGAGCGCAGCUGGCAUUCUCUUGGUAGCAAACUUUGUGAUGUUUUUUUGGCUACAAUGGGUGGUGCUGAAGAUUACAUUUCAACAACCGGUCUUGUCAUUAAUCUGCCGCCAGAUGUUGAACAGAUGCUAGGAGUCGAGUUGGCCCACACGGACGAUCAAGUGAUGAAAGACGCUCCUAUCACAGAAUCACCAACGGCCGAGAGUGAGGCGGCAAGCGCUACUCCUGUGACUGGAAAGUCGGACGAACAAUCUGUAGAGGUUAUUACCACAACAACUACUGUGCCAUUAGCCCAAGAACCGCGCCAGUCGAGCGUGUCCUUACCUACAAGAAAGAGAUCGCAGUCGGCAGCUGGAAUUCGAGAGACACCAGAGGAAGAUAGUAGCACCCAAAAGCGCAGUAAGCGUAUUCGCAAUCGGGACAGCACUGCCGACGGUACUGCUGAUGUCACGACUCAAUAUGCAGAGCAACUGAAAAGCUUCGAAAGAGCAGACGAAGAUGCCUUCAAGUUCGUUGGCUGCUUGCUGCAGAAAUUGAGUGUCGAUGAUCUGGGAUCUUUGGCAGAGCUGCAAGAAGUCCUGUCGCCUGACGAGAAGACCGAUGCAGCUGAAGUCACAGGCAAUAUCGUGAUACGAGACCUUCGAGACAUCCUUCGAAGCUGGGAUGAUGCCAAAGCUUCUGAAUUCAUCAACAGCAACGCGGCAGAAAUCUUAGGCUCUUCUGUUAAUAGUGCCAAUGCUGGUCUUGCCGCUUUCCUGGAACACUCCAAGACCGGCCCUCAAAAGCUUAGCAAUAUCCCAAUGCUCGGAGAGAGCGAAGGGCUCGCAGACUUUGUUGAGAAGGUCGACUCAUCUUGGAUGCCCUUGCAAGAUAUUGUAUGGGAAUUUGUUUGCACUCUGAUGUCAUCAUAUCACACCUCAUUGUGGCAAGAGCAACUAAAGUUCGUGAUAGUGCGCCUUAUUACGUUCUUAGACUCUACUGUUUUUGACCGGAUCCAAUCGGAAAUCGAACAAGCCAAAUCUCCCUCUGAUCUGCAGAAAUUGGAAGACAUGGUUGAAGGCCUGUUCGAACUACAUAUCGACAUCUACACUCGAAUUACAAACCCUAACAGCGUGGUUCCUUUCGAGACUCGACUGACUACGAAGGAAAGACUCGAUCGCUGGGCAGAUCUAGCGGCUGAUGUCGUCCAGUCCCGAACGACUACUUCAUCGAACGAUGAUCUAUCGCUUCGAUAUUUGUGGGCUUCGGUGUUCUAUGCUACCAUGGCAGACAAUGUCUCACGGGAACACAAGGUACUCUGCUGGUCUGAUUUACAAGCCCUUCUGCAAGAGUCUGGUAAACCGGUGAUUGAACUUCAGAACAAUGCUGUUAUGCUCGAGAUCUCAGCAGAAGCAGCCGAGCGGGAAGUAUCAAAGCUUACUACCAUGGACUUCUUCUUCAACCUUUUCCAGACCGACCGUUCAGAUCCAUUAGCUAUCAUUGAGACUCUAGAGCCUGUUCUAGACCCCGAAUCGGCUUGUGCGGUGCCUGACACAGAAGUAGUCAAUGGCGUGGAGGUCAGCGAUGGCAUGGAUAGUACUCCGGCUGCCUUGAGAGAGAUGUGGAAAUUCUUACAAACCGGAAGCACCUCCCUUCGCCUGUUCCUAUGGCAAAGACUCAAUGAAGCAUAUGGUAGCAUUGGAUACUCGACCAAGGUCUUGUCCUGCAACCUGAAGAGUAUCGAAGUCAUCGUUGGUGCGCUGAGAUCGUCUGAAUACGCGGAUCUCCCGCCUGACCAUCGCCACCGCAGACUCCUAACCUGGUUCAAAGCCUUAGAUGACCUUCUUGUCAAAGCAUUGACCCUAGCGCUCAACGAUGCUGCGGCAUGUUUUGAAAUCAUCGAUGAAAGACAUAUCAAGUCUACCUGUAGUGCCCUGGCCCAGCUUACUCGAAUCCUCCAUGCUGCUUCGUUAUUUGAUGACGAGGUUCGAAUUGGUAUGACCCCGCUCCCGCAAACUCCUGCUUAUGCCCAAAAUGGGACUUUCUCCAACUUUACCAAUAAGCUGCGCGAAAUGCAAGUACGGACUUGGGCGCUGCAAUACACCUUGAUCAAGGAAGCAAUGACCCAGAAUCACGAAUUGUUCCCCACUCCAGACAAUGACCUUGCAGACUAUCUCGCUCUAGUUCAUUAUGCGUUAGGUAUGCGAAAAGCCUGCAAAGCCUCAAACAAGAUCUUCUUAAAGAUGAUGAAGGUUGAGAUGACCCGUUUCAAGCACAUCGAAAAGUGGGAAGACUACCUUGGUCAAGUUCUGUACGAUCUAUUCGGUCUUCGUCUUGGUGUCGGUUUGUACGAAUUAGAAGAACAUGGAUGUCCAACUGAGCCACUCGACAGACGAACUGUUCUCAACAUUGCAGACCAGAUUAUCGUGCUCGCAAACAGGAUGUCGAUGAAAGAUCUCCUAAAGCAUGAAUUACGGCCAACCAUUGAAAAGAUGCAGACUGCUGUGGGCCUGGCAAAGUCUACCCCACAUAUGCUACAUAAUCUUCGAAAUUAUACAGAGUACUUGAAGACAUCUUUGCGGCCCUUGGAUAUGUACAAAGCCUGGCGGGGACAAGUUCUUGUCGAUUCGGUUCCCGUCACAACACCAGAGACUCCGCUUGCAGACAAAGGCUGGUACUUCUUACUAGGAAUGAUCAACUUGACCAAAUUCCGCUCCCAAAAGCGACUUGGUCCAGGUGCCCAGACCGAUGAUCUUCGAGUUGGCGUUUCUUUCUUGAGGCUGCAACUUCAGUUCACCGCUGAGCACUGGGAAACAUGGUAUCGACUAGCUCAAUGUUUCGACUUCGAGCUCGAGGAGGAGGUAUUGUGGAGCGCGGACAAGAUCAACAAUCAUCGAGCGGAACUCACCAAAACCCAGCGGAGCGCCAUCCAUUGCUACGUCAUGGCACUAUCCACAGCUGUCCGCAAUGCUGACGACUCAUUCGCUACCGCUGAAAAACUUUCUGAGAUGUAUUACGACUUUGGCAUGCGUAUCUACUCAUCUUCGCGUGAGCCUUUUGGGAUGGAAGCCUUCUGGACCGAUGAGUAUGAGAAGCACAUGAGUGGGUCCACUGGCAUGUACAAGAAACCUCUCCAUGAAGAAUUGAGCAGAUAUCGGGCUUGGAAAUAUGCUGGGAGGCUCUUCAGAGAGUCACUCAGAGAUAAGCCAAACAAUUGGAUGGCCCAUUUCAUGUUGGGCAAAUGCCUUUGGAAGAUGUACUGCAAAGCAGACGAAGAGUGGGACGAAAAGCUCAGAGCAACCAGACCUUCCGUGGACGCAGUACUCCGUGCAUUUGUCAAUUCGAUUAGACAUGUUCCGAAGCCACGAGACAGUCGCCAGGAACCAGUCCUUGAGCCUCACUAUAAGCUUGUCUCUAUCGUCCACAAGCUGGUUACCAUGCGAGCUCUGGAACCUCAGGCCGGCGCAGACCUGUUGCAGAAGCAGCCAUUCGCCAUCCGAAAAGGAGAAGAUGUCACAAUUGCUGACUAUGAAGAGUGGGAGCCGUUUGUACUUGAGAGUCUACGUCAUCUGCGAAACUCCGAUAAGCAACAUUGGCACCAUCGUAUGAUUGCGAGAGCAGCCAACAUCUUGUUCGACGAGAACAAUCCAGAUUAUGUUCAAGCUCAAGCGGCCAAGCACGAAUUCCGCGAGUCCAUCUUCACGAAGACUAUGCAUGUUAUGGUUUGGAAGCCAGAUGCAGAACGUCCUGGCAGACAUUGCGUCUAUAUGGAGCGUUAUGUCCAUUACAUGACAAAGCUACUGUGGAUCACAAACGAUAAGCCGAAUAUGGAAGCUCUGGUCAAACGUGUGCGCAAGAAAGGCAACGACUUCCAUCGUUUCGAGAAAGUCUGGUCUGAAGCCUGCAAUACCUACCUCAAGAUGAUCCGCCGCACUUCGAACAUCCCUCCAAGCAUGGACGACGUCUUCAAGAACGUUUCUCAUGAAGAAUUCGAGAUCCUUUGUGAUCGUCUCGGCACAUGGACCGCUGAUCCAAAUGUGCAACAUCCAGCUCUUGAAGCUCUUCGGGAAUCCAGUGAGCUCAAAAAGCUUAAUGCUGGGUUGAUGAAGCCACCACCAAUUGAUGAUCUGAUCAAUGAUGCUUGGGCAGUGCUUUACACCCAAGUUGCGAAAAACAUCCCAGGUCCGGAACCAUCUUCUCUGCAUGCUGCGCAGACGGACGGAGCAUCCGCAUCUCCAGGAGCUGCAGCUGUCAGAGCCAUGGGUCCCAUGAGUCUCAAUAACCUCGUCAUGGACAUGAAUGGUACACAGAUAUCCGUACCUUUGACUGUCGCAGGCUCAGAGGCAUCACGACCACGCAAGACGGGGAUCAGCAGACGAGAUGUCUUAAAGCGAGCUGAGCUAGCUGUCAGCCGCAUUCCGGAUAUCCCACGUCUAAUUGCACCGUCGACUUCGAGGCCAAGAAUAUCGGAGCCAUCACCAUCGUUGAUUUUGGGAUCCAAUGCAGAGCAGGACCAAAAGCAGAGAAGCGCCAGUGUUUCUACGCCGCGAGUCGAGGCGCCUUCUGUACAACAAGACAAUGAACAAGGAGACCAAGAAGAGCAAGAAGAGAGACACGACGAUCAGGAAAGCGAGAGGGGAAGUGUGCACGAUAGUGCAGAUGACGAGAGUGACUUGAGCGAUGUACCGGAUAUGGAUGACGUGGAUUCAGCCACGAUCUUUCCAAACCUUGUUAGGAGAGACGGUGGCAGCAGCGAUGCUGAAGAGGCAAGCACACCAGCUAAGGACUGAAGGUGUAGACGAAACUGUGUUUGUUGGAUUCGAGAAGCUUUGGGCAUGUGUUGCAUUUGCUAUGGCGUUUUCAUGGCUGUUCUGAUACCCAUUGCAGUGUAUGAUUUUAGAAAAGUGUACCAUAGUCUAACGAUAGUGUUGGAGAAGAAUGAAAGAG